AUUGUUUUCCACGAGAAACAGAGUAAAAACAUGUUCAGCGAAGUAUUGCGGAUUUUCCUGUAUCAUAACAAUAGAUACUCCCGUGCAGCAGAUGGCGCUGUGCAGUUUUUAACGUAGUUAAACAUACAAGAAGGAUCAUUUGGGAAGCAGCAGUAUGCAUUUUGCUGUUUUCAGUACCUCUUUGAAAACAAACAGGAAGGUUUAGACUUUAAAAAGCUUCUUAAUUUAAAGUAUUUUACAGUACAGUAUUUUACUGUCAAACAACGAUGCCAGCGGCAGAGGAAUCACACGGUAUCAACAGAGCAGUAGACAAAAUCUGCAGCUUGCCUCCAUAUCUGUUAACUGAAACGUCUCAGCACAUUCUGACAUAUCUUCAAGGGCAAACCAGUGGAGCAGAUUCAGCUGAAAUUGCUCUUAGACUUCAGAGGGCCGGGGUAACAAUCGAUCAUGAAGCUGUCCAGGGUAUUACUAGAUUUCUUCUGUUGACAUUCAGGUCAGCUGGAAAGAACAACUUCUCUGCAGACGAACUUGUGUCCAAACUGGAGGAAGGCAGCAGCAAAUGGUCCAAAGCUUCUCUUCAGACCUUGCACACGUUGUGGAGCGAACAUGGUGCCUCGGUUCGUGCUCAGCAGGAAGUUCAGUCCAUGCUGAGCAUCGGUCAGCUUGUGGACAUGCAGUGGAAGCUGGGGAUGGCGGUGAGUUCAGACACAUGCCGGUCUCUAAACUCCCCUUACGUGUCUCUGCUGCUGAAGAUCGUCGAGCCCUCUGGACAGAUCUGCCAGAGGGCUUUCGAGAUGACAAUUCCACAGUUCCAGAAUUUUCACAAGCAGUUCAAGGAGAUGGCAGCGAUUAUGGAGACUGUAUGAUGUGCGAGAAAGCCAAAGUGUGCAGUUAGUACCAGUUUAUAUAAAAGUGAAAGAAGGAACAGCUU